GAGGAGGAGGAGAAGAAGAAGAGGAGGAGGGGGAGGACAACAGGAGGCUGUAAGGAGAACAGAGAACCAGAUCUACAGAGAACUCACAGACGAACCGGGACCACAGUUAGGACUGGAUCUGGAUUCAGGUCUGGAGGUGAGAUCCGGUCCUGCAGACCUGAGGUCAGAGUUGCCUUGAUCAGGAAGACCAGGAUCCACAGUUCAGUGCAGACUGCAGAGCUCAGGGGGACAGACCAGACUGACCCAGGAUCCACUGACACCCAGCUGGAUCAGAAGAGAUCAUUACAGGUCCAACAGACCAGGGCCACCUUGGAGGUUAGAUCCAGGUCUACAGCGGAUCCACUGAGGACUGCAGCAGUAUCCCCAGAGAACAGGACCAGCAGGUCUGAGAGAGUCGUGGGUCCAGAGAGGGGGGAACCCGGGAUGAGGUCUAGGUCUGAGGGUAGGAGAACUGAGACCAGGACCAGGAGGAGGAGGAAGAUCCACCCGUCUGUGUUCAGAGGAAGAGGUCAGCUGCGGCUGUCAAUCACUGCGGAGGCGGGACAACUCGUCAUUUACAUCCAUGAGGCCAGAGGACUGAUGGGGGAAUCCCAGAGGUCAUGUGACUCCUAUGUGAAGGUGGCGGUGACCUCUGACCUCAACUGUGGCAUGCCUAUGAAAACUCCAACUGUCCUAAACAACAAGAACCCCAAGUACAACCACAGAUCAGUAAUGUGUAUCAGUGAUGACCUCAUUCCCAGCAGGUUGUUGGUGUCAGUGUUCAACAGUCAGCUGAUCGGCUGUAUGAGCUUUGGGAUUGGUUCCCUCGUCUUGUCCUCUAAGUUUAUAUGUUGGCCCCACCCCCUCUGUGUUCAGCCUGUCACUGGUUGGUUCUACCUGUUGGGGGAGGGGUUUGGGCGGAGCAAACACCUGAGAGUGACAUCACAGCAGAACAAACCAAUGAUGAGCCUGGAGGACGUACUGACACAGUGCGCAGAUCUCAGGAAGACUCCCGAUUCUGCUCCAGAUACUGACCUUAACCGCACCACCACCUCUGCCACCACCACCAACCUGUCAAACAGUAACACCACCAACACCAACACCACCGUCGCUGCUGGACUCAAAGACUUGACCAACUACAACCUGAGCUCCAGUCGCCCCCAGAGCUCCAACCCUGCCAACGCCAACUACAGCAGCUAUGUGUCCACGCUGUACGGCAACAGCAACCAGCGCCAGGCAACCAGAGACAGCACCCAGCGUCUGACGGUGAACGUUGUUCGAGGAAAAGAUGGUUUUGGAUUCACAAUCUGCUCCGACUGUCCAGUUCGAGUCCAGGCGGUCGACUCGGGAGGUCCGGCUCAUCAGGCCGGUCUUCGUCAGGGAGACUCAGUCCUGCAGCUAAAUGGACUUCCUGUAGAAACCUGGAAGUGUUCCGACCUCGCCCACACCAUCAGGAGCUGUCCCUCUCAGAUAGUGUUGGUGGUGUGGAGAGGUUUACCUGAGCUCAGAUCAGGAUGUGAAGCUUUGCUCCGCCCACCAACAAACAACAAGACGACCGGCAGGAAGCUGCUGCCUCACCCCACCCACAGUAAACAUGACCGGAGACGGGGUCAGGGGUCAGGUGUCAGGUCCAGUCUGGGAGCUCUGGGUUCCCUGUGGAGGGACCGGAAGGUGAACCGGGAUGAGGAGGAGGAUGACCAGGAGGUGACUGAGUACUCACCUUGCACCGCCACGCUGAAGGGAACCCGGGUGACAUCUUCACAUGGAGACAAUUACAUCAUCCUGUCACCUGUCAAUCCAGGAGGACAGCUGCUGCAGCCGGUUUAUCAUGACAGGAAUGGAACAAUCGGGCGUCUGUACCAGACUCAUCCUAGCAGGGUUCAGAACCUCCUCCAAGACCCUCGACCCGGAUCGUCACAGCGACCGUUCACUGGCCACACCUCCACCCUGCCCCCACCCCCCUCCUCUUCUACCUCCUCUUCAUCAGCCCCGCCCAGUAACUAUGGCAACUACCAGAAUUGCACCAUCGUCCAAUCACAUCUCCCCUGCUCCUCCUAUGGAUCCUACGUCACCCUGCCGCCCAAAACCCUCAUCUUCCCCAUCUUUGUCCAGCCUCUGGAUCUGUGCAGUCCAGACAGAACCCUGCUGAUGGCGGAGGAAAUGGUUUUGCACCAGGCCGAACUGCUGCCUGCAAAGGUGACUGUGUUGAUCUACAGUGACCUCCUGCUGUUCACCAGAGAGGACGAUGCCGGACGCUGUAACGUCCUGCAGAGUCCCCUGUACCUGAACACACUGCAGCUCAGAGAAGUGUCAUCAGAACCCCUCCAGAUCUACUUCCUGCAGAGCUCUCAGAGCUGCUGGCGUUGUCUCUUCAGUCUGGAGGCGUACAGCAUCGAGCAGAAGGUCAGAGUCAGCCUCUGUCUCCAUGACAACAUCCACCUACAGCUGGUCGCCACGGAGACUGGACACACCCACCAGCUCUCAGACCUCCCUUCAGACUUUGGCCUCCUCUCUCUCCGUCACUCUGACCUCCUCUAUCGUCCUUCCUCCCCUUACUCAUCCUCUGAUCCUCCCCUCCUCCGCCCCUCCUCCCCCUUCUCCUCUCACUGUGACCCCAUCAGGCCUCCUUCCCCCUCUCCUUACUCUCCUACUCCUUUCUCCUCCUCGACGACUCCUCCACCCUUCUCACCUCCUUCCAGGACCUUCACCACUGCAUCUCAGCUUCUCCCCCCACCUGCCCCCUCCAACUCCUCCACCCAGAGGAGUCCAGUCUGGAAGGAGAGAGGAAGAACAGAGGAGGAGGAGGAGAGGAAGAAGAGGAGGCAGGAGGAGGUGGAGGAGCGGCAGCAGGGGGAGGGGGAAAGUGCCUCAGAAACAUCAGAGAAUGUGGGAGGUGUUGGGGGGCGGGGCCUUCUCCUCAGCCCCCACCACUUUAACAUGAAGGAAGAGGAAGAGGAGGAGAGUGAUGAAGAUGAAGAGGCAGAGGAGGGAGGAGGUGCUGAGGAGUUUAUAUCCAGCUACAGACCUGCAGUUCUUCGUCGCUCUCUCUCUGAGGGUUCUCUACUGCAGGAACCUCGAUCGCCCCGCUUCCUGUCCGACAGCACCAUCCAUCGACUCACCCGGCCCGCAACAUUUGACCUCGAUCCUGACCCUCGGCCCCCAUCCAUUCACACCCUGAGGAAACAGCUGACCAGAGAGGGGGGGUCUCUGUCCCACAUGCUGCUGCUGCUCAAUGGCACCAAGGUUCAGGAUGUUGAGCUCAGAAACCUACAACUGAAGAAGAAGACGAAGAGUCUAGCCACUGACGUUCGGAGCCGCCUGCCGUUUUUACGGUGGCGGAAAAACAGUUUCUGUGGCCAUGGCAACAGUUUGGAGAAAGCUCUGAGAAACAACAGACCAUCUGCGCGAGAGGUGCUGAGGUGGGCGGAGAGUCUGGAGGCUCUGCUGACAAACCAGUAUGGUCUGGCAGUGUUCCGUCACUUCCUGAGGUCAGAGUUCAGCGAGGAGAACCUGGACUUCUGGUUGGCUGUGGAAAGAUUUAAGAGGACACGCCCCCUCAGCAAGAUGGCUGCCAGAGCCGCCAAAAUCUACGACGAGUUCAUUUCUACCAAUGCAGCAAGACAGGUCAACGUGGACUCAUCUGUCCGAGAAUCAACCAAUCAGAGCUUGCGUCUUGGCGUUAACCCCGCCUCCUUCCAGCUGGCCCAGGAGCAGAUCUUCGGCCUGAUGGAGACUGACAGUUACCCACGAUUCCUUAGGUCCCACCUCUACGCUCAGCUGGCCAAUCAGGGCGCUCACACAGCCUCAGAGUCAGCCAAUUAGAGCGAAGCUGGGUCUGUACCUGUCAGCUAAUCGUGACUGAGCACAGACUGAUGGCCAGCCAAUCAGAAGCUCCAAGAUCAGAGCCUCUGAUUGGCAGCCCACCAGCUCUAUACAGAGAAGAACCAACCAAUGAAAAGAAGAAGUUGUUCAAAACCGAACAUACAAAAGAUAUAUAAAAUCACAUAGAAGACAGACGUCUCUACUUCCUCCCACUGGAAACCCCAUUUUAUAUCUUCCAAUAACUAAUUAAAACCUAACUGAUGAUAAAAAUAAACACUUGAACAAACAGCGUGAUAGUAACAACCUAAAAUGACAGAAACCACCUUAUGUGGAUGGUCCAGACUGAAAUAUCUCAAUACCUACAUGGUGGAAAACUUGUUUAAUGAGUCCAAUUCUGCCUCAGCUGGAUUGUGUGUUUACUGCUAAUGAGCUAAUGUUAACAUGCUAACACACUAACCUGCUAACAUGUUGAUGUUACAGCCUCACAGCACUGCUAGUUUACUAGAGAAUUUAUCUGAACACGAAGAACAUCAGAAUCAGUAAACUUGUUUUUAUUCACAUUUUAUGACAGUUUUUUAUUGUUUUUAGGCAAGACCAUAAGUGAAACUAUUAACUGUGUUUUAUUAGAGUAAACAGACCAUUAUUAAAGAUGACUGCUGGAUGAAGAGAAACAGUUUUAAAAUAAAUGAUGAUGCUGUUGGA